UGUUGUUGUCAUCAUACGGCCAAUGGCGCGCGGUGCCUGGGCAUUUGUCUAGAAAAAAGGCCAUUUGGACACAAAUAUACUCUACCGUCGGCCGAUUAAAAGACACUUUAUUAACCGCAGGCGUGUCGUGUACUCAGCCGAUCAGAUCUCCGUCGAUCGACAGUCCGAUCUGCGCGUUUAAAAUGGAUGUCAAUCUGACCAUCUCUCUGAUGCGCGGUCAGAUGGGCGCCGUCAUCGAGAAAGCGGUAAACGUGGCGGUGGAGACGGUUUUAGGAGAGAUGAUCCGGGUGGUCGGUCUCAAGUUUGAGGAGAUCAAGCGCGAGAUGACCGUCAAAGAGAAGGAGAACGAGAACAUCAGGAAGAUGUUGGACACGUCCCGCUCUCAGAUGAAAACAAUGCGCAAGUAUAUUACUCUCCUGUCGUCGAAAGACCAGAACAGAGUGUAUCAGGGUGAUGGAGCUGUGACACUACCGGGGGUGAUGUGCAGAAAAGGACCAACGAGCACCUUGUCAACGUGUUCAAAACCCCCAAACCCUUGUACCAGACCUAGAAUUAUCGAACCUGCCCCUGUUAGUGGACCCUCGUGGGUCAGACAGCAGAUGCACAUGCCCAAAGCUCCAAAUGUGGUUCAUGAGCCAAUAAGAAGUGAGAAUUUCCAUACUGAGGAGAUCCAUGGAUCUUCAGGUCAUAAAGGUAAUUCAAGCGGACAGCUGGUGGACAGUCAAGAACUUCUAUCUGAGACCAGUGAUCCAAUAUGGGGUCCAAACCCUUUGACCUCUCCAGAGGCCGAGCACACAGACAUGGCGGACACCAGUGUCCUCUCAACACCCAUCAUGACCGAAGAACCAUCCCAAACUGCCACCUCCAUGACCUUCGGUGCACCUUCGCUAAAGAUCAAACAGGAGGAGGCUGAGGUGGAGAUUGUCUGUGUGAAGGAUGAACACUCAGAGGCAGCCAAUUUACCCAAGUUUGAAUUUUCCAACCAUGAUCUUCACCAACAAAUGGGGGAACCUGAGCUUGGGGUCCCACUCGAUUUACCCGGAUCCUUUCAGGGUCUUCAGUGUCCAGGAACUACAGGAGAAUUUACUAUCCCAUCCUUCAUCGGUGUGGACCCAUCCACCUAUGAUGACUCCCAGCUCUCUGUGGCGGGGGUCCAAAAACAGGUUCGUCCGAGGCGCAAGGACUUGAACCUGUAUGAAGAAUUUAAACGCAGCCGAACUCAGUUGAGAGGACGUAAUGCGAACCGAGGCCUUAACGCAAACAGACGACGCGAACUGGAUCAAACCCUACCUCAGGCUCUGCUAGCAGACCUGGUGAGGGAGAGGAGGGAGAAAACCCGCCUUCGAGUGGCCCGCUGGCGAGCCAAACGCAAAUUACAAGCAUGUUUGAUGGCCUCUCAGGCUGCACAGUUCAGCGGGGCUCCUGUGCAGGGAACACCCGCCCAGCGCGGUGGUCUGAUGUCCACCCGGAGACGGGGCGGGGCGACAGCGCAGCGGGGUGGCGUUGCGUUCAGAAGGGGAAUCUCUGAGACGGGAACUUAUAACGUACUUUUGCAGCUUGGACCGAGCACUUCACAGUCACACAGCUACAGUGAAGAUCGGAUGCUGCCUGGCUCCACAGGUCCAUGUCAACACAAAAUGUCUGGACCGGGAACAAUGUACCAAUGAUACGGUGUGCAGAAGCAGGGUGUAGAGAAGUGAUGUCCAAUCUUGGUGAUGGAGGGGUCAAUGUCCUGCAAAGUUUAGCUGUUGUUAUACACACCUGCACCAGUGAAUCCAAGUCUUUGGGAUUCGUUUUUACAGGCAGAUGUGUUUAAAGAAACAGUUUAACCAAAAAUGAAAAUUCUGUCACCUGCUCAUGUUGUUCCAAAUCUGUUUAAAAUUCUUUGUUCUGAUGAACAGAUUUGCAAGAAUUUUGUAACCAAACAGUUCUUGGCCACCGAUUGACUACCAUAUAGGAAAAAUUGCCACAAAAUAAGAUGAAGAAUACACUGCAAUUUUACAGAAUGUUUCCUGUUAUUUUUUUACCAAUUUUCCACGUAAAAUGUAAAAACAGAAUUUUACCGUUUUUAUUUACAGAAGACUGUAUUCCCUGUACUUUAAAGGGAAAACCUGUUACUUUGCAGUUUAAUUCCGUUUUUAUACGAUAUUUAUUUUUUUACAGUAUUAUUUUUAAAAUACUUUCAAAAACUAUAAAAUAACAGAUAAAGGCAACACCUUUACAAGAAUAAUGGGGAAAAACAUUCAAUAUACAUCCUUACUUCCUAUAAUUUUACAGGAAAAAUAUAUAUUUUACAGUAUAUUCAAGUGCGGUCAUUUUUUUACAGUGCAGAAAACAGUUCUGGGGCACUUUUGAUUACCAUUUUUUCUACUGUGGUAGUCAGUGGUGGUGGCCAAGAGCUGUUUGGUAACAAGCAUUCUUACAAAUAUCUUCCUCUGUGUUCAUCAGAACAAAAAAAAUGAGACUUAUUUGGAACGACUCGAGCUUGAGUUAAUGAAGGCAGAACAUUUAUUUUGGGUGAACUAUCCCUUUGAUGUUGGGGCUAGGGGACACCUAGGGGACAGUUAGUAAAAGGGACUGCGAAUUUUAAUGACGGUUGUAGGUACAUUUUCCAAAACGUUUGCGCUGAUCUCUGCACACAUUAGAAAUACACAGACACAUUAAGAUAACCCAUUUGUGAGAUCUAGAGCAUGAUGAUAACCUCAUCCUGCGAUACAUCAGGUUUUUUCUGAAAAAACCUCAGUACAUUUUAAUCGCAUUGAUCCAAAAUCAUUUGGGUAACAGGAUACUUUCAACGACUGUGAUGCACAUAAACCAUUACAUUCAGCUUGAUCAGCUGAACUUAAUGAAAAUUACCUUAUUUACCUAUUAAGAUUUUUUAAUAACAUUGACUCAACGGAUUUUACACCAUAUUUAACUUGGAAUAAUUACUAUAUUAUGGUAGUUAUGUUGGUUCUUGUUUACUUCAAUUAUGAUUUGAGAAAAGCCAGCAUAAAUGCAGCAUUAUAAAGACCCUGGACUGCAAGAUGGUAGCAGAUGGUGUGAUAAACAAUUUACCUUAUUCUUUUUUAGUGGCCUUUUUUCUAAAAGUUGUCAUAGGUGGGUAUAAUAACCUGACGGUUGCAUUUUGUUAAUAGUCAAUAUUGCUGAAUGCCAGUGCUCAGUGUUAUAUGUGCUGUAUUAACAGAUUAUCGUGUUAGAUUUUUACCAGACUGGUGGAGUUUAAUGUGUGAAGUUAAUUUAGUUCUUAAAUUUCAACAAACAAGUUGGAGUUUGUAAUGUUUUUCUAAAAGAUGUUUAUUAAUUAAGACUGGAAUUAGUUUUUAGAGAGCAAAAUUUAAACCAAGAGGAUUUAUUUAUAUCAGACAUUUUGGUGACACGUUAUAAUCAGGUUCCAUUUGUUAUCAUUAGUUCACUAAAUUAGUUCACGUGAAUUUCCACAGCAUAUAUUUGUCCUAGUACCUCAACUUAUACUAUUUAAAAUCAGAAAAAAUAGAUAUAUUUGUAUUGCUUUGUACUGUGAUAAUGAAUGAGACCUUAUUGUAGUGUUAAUCACUUUCAAACAAACAUUACAUAAAGUGCAUAUAAGGAUCUGAUAACUCUAUUCUAUGCUUUGCUAAUUACAAAACAUCAACCAUCAAAGAGUACAUUUAAAUGUUUUAUCUAUAAAUCAAAAGUACAUUAACAUUUUUUGAAUGACUUAAACAUAGACAUUAGUUUGAGAAUAUGAACAAAGCAUAUAAGGAACAGUAAAACCUUUACAAAGGUUAUACGAUCGAGCUCACUUGUUAAUGUAAUUGUAUUUAUGAAAAUGUUAAUUUUGAGUUGUCAUCAUUUCAAAUGUCUGCAGGUUUAAAGGGAUAGUUCACCCAAAAAUGAAAAUUCUGCCAUAAAUACAAUGCGGAUGAGAGCGGUUUGGUUACUGACAUUCUUCCAAAUAUCUUUACUUGUGUCAGGCGAAACAAAGAUAUUUAUACAGAUUUGGAACAUUCUGAGGGUGAGUGGCCUAAAUGAUGACAAAUUAAAAUUUUUGGAUGAACUACCCCUUUAAUAUAGUUUACACAAUUUAAAUAUUAACAAACAUUUGCUUCCUGGAGUUUCAAUGUUCUGUGUCUAGUGUUUUUAUGUUGUGUAAACGUUAUUAAACUCUUAAUGUUAAACUAUCAUAUUGAGUAAUGGAUUGUUUCUAAAAAAUCCCA